AUGUCGACAUGCAAUGCCUACCAAAGAAACUAUCCAGGAUAUGAUAACGCCACAGCAAUUUUUCUAUGCCAAUUUGAGGCUCGACUUUUUAAGAUAUCAGGACACGUUUUUAACUAUGAACAUUAUCUCUCCAUUGCAAGCAUUUUCAUAAACAUUUUUCAUUUUUUGAUUCUCAUCCGAAAGCCUUUACGGAGUUCAUCUAUCAAUAUUAUCAUGGCUUUUAUUUCAAUUUUCGAUAUAUGCUCAAUGCUCUUCAGAAUGAAACAAUCAUAUGGUCCAUCGAUAGAAUACAUAUUUGAUCCAUGCAUGCAGUCAAAGUGGUAUUUCAACGUAUAUUUGGAGAAAAUCCUUCUAGUUGUCAAAGAUCAUUCCCAACGAUCUUCGACAUGGCUCCUAUUCUCGAUUGCACUGAUUAGAACGUUGGUCAUACGAAAUCCUAUGAAUCCAAAAUACGAAAGACUUGCACACCCACCAACAUCAUUAUUUACAAUGAUUUGUAUAAAUUUGAUCUUCGGCCCAAUUUCAAUAGCCACCUUUUUCGGGUCUGAUAUAACGUCACAAAACCACACAUCUUCGUGUGAUCCGGAUGGAGUACUUUUUUAUUAUCUGGACAUAUCUGCGUCUUACAAACAGAAUGAUGGCAUGAUUCUGAAAAUAUAUACUUUAAUCAAUUCAGUGGUCUCUACGAUAAUACCUUGUUUCAUCUUUCCAAUUGUGACUGUAUUUCUUGUGAAAGAACUUUGGAAAGCCGAAGCGAAUAGAAAACGAUUAUUCUCUUCAAAAAAAGUGAACGACUCCUCGAAAAACACUCAACUGGUUUUAUUCUUGACGUGCGUGUUCUUCAUCGCCCAAUUUCCCAUUGGAAUUUCCAUCGGUGCUUCUUACUUUUUUUCAGAAACUCCCGGAUUCAUGAUAAUUUUGCACGAAAUUUCGUAUAUAUUCAGUGUAAUUCUGGUGGCCAAUACCUUUUCACACUUUUUUAUAUGCAUUUUUAUGUCUUCACAGUAUCGCGCGGAACUUAAAAAAUCCAUAUACUGCAGAACAAAAGCUAAAGUUCUACAGAUGAACGGGGAUUGUUUGGCUACUGGUAUAGUAAUGACGAAAUAG